CAAUCGAAAAAAACGUUGUGUCAAAUAUUGUCAAUCGCUUCAAGCGGUGUUACAUCACUUCGACGAUCGUAUUUCUCCAAUUUUCUCCGAUUUCGGAUCACAUUUUCGUCCUAAAUCCAAGAAUUCAAAAUGAGCGCCUGGAGACAAGCUGGUCUGAAUUACAUAAACUACUCCACCAUCGCCGCUAAGACUUUACGACGGGCUCUGAAGCCAGAGCUGCGUGCUGACGCUAUGAAGCGUGAUGAAUCCCACGUUCGCAUCACACCUUGGGCUAAUGGAAAACCAGCCCAUGAAAAGGAUUAAAAGAUGACUGCAUUCAUCUCUUAUGUUAGCUACACAACAGCCUGGAGCCAAGUAAACAGAAAGAACCAUUUGUGAACAUGCAUGAUCAACAAUAAAAAUAUUUAAAUUGUUAGCUUUAACUUAAUAAAAUAAUGUUGUAAAGUUA